GGUGAUAACUAUAUACUUCCGGCUAUCCAGCUGUCAAGUUGUGAUUCUUCUACGCAAUUUGGCACAAACCUUCAUCUUGUUGAAAUUAAAUCAUGAGUUCGUAUUCAUCACCACGAACCACUAAUGAUGUUGACAGUGACAUGGAUAUUUCCAUUUAUUCUCCAAGUAGCGAUUUAGACUUAGAUUUCACCGUCACCGAGUACACAAAACCAGACGUACUUGAUGAAGAGAAAGACAGUCAUAAGCAUUCCAACUCUCCGGAGUCGUUACUUGUCCUGACAGCUAAAACGAUUGCUUUACAUUUCCCGUUUGAAGUCGUUGAAUCUAGUCCGGUCAUUAUUCCAGAAGAGUUACAGCGACUUAUAGCUUUCCACAGUUUCCCUACCGAUGAAGAUGAUAUAUGGUUGUAUUCUUGUCUUAGCUGUGGUGGUUCCUACGAAUAUAACCAAGGCGAAGCAUUGUUGGCAGAUGGCGCUGUUAAAGAAUGCGUUCAAAUCGGAUUCCAUUUAAGUGCAACUGUAUUAACCAGUCUUCACUUUGCACCUGCGUUUGUGGCUCCAGAGAAUAACGAAGAGAAUGGUUCUGUAGAUCCUAGUACUAUCGAUUUUUUUAAUCCCUAUGUUCUCAGUUUUCAUCCGCAUGGCGUACAUCGUAGGCAGUCAAAUGUUGAAAAUGGAGGAGGUGCAAAUGAAAAUUCUGCGCAUUAUGACAAUGAUAAUGGUAACCGAGUACGCAAACGUGGAGUCAGCAUUGAGCCUGAUUAUCCUGCUCAUCGAGUUUCACUGACAUUUGAUCGACAAAGAAUAACUUCAUGUUCGUGUACAUGUACAUUUGAUUCCGAAGAAAGAUGCACAGCAGUUGCAUCACCUUCAAAUACUGAAGAUAAUGUGGUCAAUACUAGUUCAACAGACAAUGUCCCAUUGUCUUCAGUUGCGAAUCCUAUCAGACCGAAUUCUUUUUCUUACCAGCCAAUGAAUACAUCAGAUUCGAAUUCAAGAAUGUUAUUACGAUUUGCGGCUAGAAAUGGAUCAAUGUUUGCGAAUUGUCGUAGUAAUUCGCGCCAGAUUUCGAAUCAGCCUAACAAUUAUCUGAUGAGAAAUAACUGUUUACUCAGGAAUGCAACCGGUCGAAGCUCUCCAAACAGUCAUCGCUCAUGGUUGUUUAAUCAGAGUGUUGCAAAUAAUAACAUGCACGGAGAUCUGAUGCCUGUAUAUGGACAAAAUUCAACGGGAACAUGGUGUUCGCAUGUGGUUGCCACAUGUUUACUACGUAUUCGACAGCCUGAUAAAGUUUUACUACGUGCUCCCAUAUCAGAAUCUCUUUCGAAGUUGAGCAGAGAGGAUCUGCAGAAAUUUGCUCAGAAUUUAAUAUGUCAUGUAGGACCGAGAAAGAUUUUGCCGGCUGCUCAGCGUAUUCUUGAUCAGUUAUUGGCGGCUACAAAUAAUCCUAUUAAGAAUUCUGCUGGAGCACCUGAUCCAACUGUCGGUGGUGCUUUGGGUGAUGUGGCAGCAUGGUGUUUUGAUGGUGGAGUACUGGAAGAGAAGUUACGAGUUACUCUGCGUAGAUUUUGGGCUCCGAGACCUGUAUUGUACAGUGAUAUUGGGUCUUUGAGUUGCAAUUUGCCGUCCAAAGUGGAGAAUUUCCUCAUUAUAAUUCGAUCUCUUCGUACUCAUGAACCAAAUGGACUUUGGGAUUUACUGUCAUUCAUUCAAAAUAUGAUGAGAAGACAAGAUAAUAAUGGUGUUUUACUCCUAGAAAUCAUUACACGAUGCAUUUUGGAUAUGACUGAAAUCAUGGUUUGGUGGUGUACUGUGCAAAGUAAUCCGUGUUACUUUCCAGAAGGUAUAUCGGUUCGUCAUAAGCAAACUCAGUUUUCUGCCUUAUGGUUAUGUGAAGAAAUUGUUCACUUGUGGAGAUUGGCUUGUCUUAAUCCUGAACUUAGACCGCUUCUGACUCAUGCAAACAAUAAACCUUUAUCUGCGUCGCUGUCAUCAUCUUCAUCAGGUCAUGGUUUAUCUACUGGUUCUUAUUGUAAAUCUUACUCGGGUGGUUGUUGGCUGUUACAGCAGAUCGCUCAUAGACUACAAGCAUUUCAUGCUUUUGCAAUGAAACAAGCGGAUGUCCAGUUAAACCCCACAAACCUAUCUGAUAGAGGUGCAAUGAUGAUGUGUAGCACACUACGUAGUUCUCUAUAUUCUGAUGAAUUUCCAUCAUGUCAAAGCAGUUCAAGUAUACCAAGAAAUAUUUCUUCAUUUCCUGGAUUUGUAACAGCUCUUGAAGCCUGCAGAUUUUCUUGGUCAUCAGAAGUUCCCCCUACAUACGGUCUUUCUGGUACAGAAUUCCUCAAAUUCAUGCCAUCAUUCCAUGGAGCUCAUGUCACUAGUGAUUCUGAAAUCACAGAGUAUGCAGACAUUAUUCUAAAUUUUUCAAGGAAUUAUUUUAAUUCAAUGAAACAUUAUUCUCCUAUUGAGUUUGAUAAUCAUUGGAGCAUGGAUCAGAUGAACUCGCAAUUAACGAAUAAUCUUCUGUCUAUCAAUCAUAUCGAGGUGAAGUGUUCACAUUAUUUACUUCAUGCUUGA